UGUUUGUCCUUAGCGUGUCACUCACUACUUGUAGUAGUGUAAACAGUUAGUAACUCAUUUGUUUGUAUUCUUACUGUUGUGUGGAUUAUUUGGGGAUUGGAAUAUUGUUUGUUAAGCAAAAGAUAAGAAGAUGGGUGACUGGCCACCCAUGCCGACAACUCCAGGUCGUCAAGAGAAGGAGAAGAUGUACCUUACACUCGUUGAUAUGUUUGUAGAUGUGGUGGAGCCAGAGAUAAUUCAGAUGAUUCUGCAAAACAGGAACUGGGAGUUGGAUGCAGCCUUGGACGAUAUCAUGGUAUUGUCAAGUACCCCUCGCUCCGAUAAAGCACGUUCGGUUAAAAAUAAUAUCAGCUCAAAAACAACGGGAUUGUCCCUGACAGGAGAAGCUAUGCACAGUACUUUCCAGGGCAGUAAUCUUCAAAAUGAAAGUUUGCCAUCUAAUAGUAGUAUGGCUGCAGAAUUUGAGAAAAUAUUAGAUCUCUCCCAAGAUGGUGUAGGGAAAAGAAUUGGAAAAAAAUCAAAAUCUCAAGUACAAAAUAAAGCACAAAAUUUAAAAACUUCCACUGAUAUAAAGAAAAACAGUCAGAUUAAUCUGGCACCAUUUUUGGAACAAUAUAACUAUGUAAAGCGUAUCCGAGGAGCUUAUGACAGAUGUUUAAUGCUGAUAAAAGAUGGGGUAAAACUUAUGGUAAUAUUGAGAGGACCACCAGGUUCAGGGAAGUCAUAUCUCGCUCAGAAGAUUUUGACAGAGUCUGGUAUUGAUCCAGCUGUGCAUAGAAGACAUAUCUUUAGUUCUGAUAACUUUUUUGUCAGGAAUAAUGUGUAUGUUUACGUACCCGAUCACUUGAGUCAGGCUCACGUGUGGAAUCAGCACAAUGUAGUGGCUGCAAUAAGGGAAGAGGUCAGUCCAAUCAUAAUAGACAACACAAAUACACAAGCAUGGGAGAUGCGAGUUUAUGCAGAAGCAGCUGUUUCUGGAGGUUACGACAUAGAGAUUCUUGAACCUUCUACAUGGUGGUUUGCCAAAGUUAAUGAACUCGCUAAGAGAAACACACACGGAGUCCCAAAAGCAAAAAUUAGGAGUAUGAUGGAUCGAUAUGAAAUGAAUAUAACUCCCCAAUAUUUAUUGCAACAGUUUGAGUUAAGGUAUUCUAUAUCUAAUGCUCCCCCACAGCCCACUCGUAACACCAAAUGGAAAGAUAAGUUAAGUAGUCAGCGAAAUAAUAAGCCAAAGAAAAAAAAGGAAUUUAGGCCACAAACUAAUUCGGUUAAUUUGAAUGAAAUGAUGACAUCUUCUUGGGAAUCGUCUGGCAUGAUGAAAAUGCAAAGUGGAAAAUCUACUUUCUCGCUUCAAAAUGAAAAUGUUCAAAACAUAACUUUCGGAGAAAUUCCUGUGAAUGAAUUUCAAGUUCCAAUUCAGACUGACUUACUAAAACCAUUGAAUGGAGAACUCAGGUGUGAAGAAUACUCGUAUUUUAAUGGUGGAAAUGGAUCAAACACUUUACCAGAAAAUUUAAUCAGUUUUGAAGAGAACCUAAAGGACUAUCAGACAGACUUAUCAUUAGAGAAAAACACAAAUGUUAUGAAACCAAUUCCAUUACCGUUUCAUAAAACUUCUUCAUUGGAACUAAAUGUAUCCCCAGAAUUAUCUUCUAAAAUAUAUGCUACUGAAAUACAAGAAUCAUCUUCUAGUAUGAAUAAUAGAAGUUCUGCUAAUUUGAACAAUUUUGACUUCAUGGCCGAGACUAACAAACUUUUGGCUGCUCUUGGUAAGUCAACAGUUUCAAACAAGAAAGAAAACAUUUUAGCACUUGAGACAGAUCUCAAAGGUUUAUCAUUAUCGCAUGUUCCUAAGUUACAUGAAGAGGAUAGCACUCCUGUAGAUCAUAAAAUGGAUAAUUCAAAGAAUGAUCAGAAUAUGUCAGAAUCAAAUCAUUCCUCCACUAGUACUUCAUUAUCAAGUGAAACAUUUGAAGAAAAGAUAACAGCUGCUAGGGAAUUGGUAGAUUCCAUCAUUGUGAAGGCUGUUGAUGGCACUGAAGAUAAGAAAAAACAGAAAUCAUGUGAAGCUGUCGAGAUAGAAGUAGAUUCCUGUAGUAAACAGGAAUUUUUUGAGGAUACUAUCAUAAGUGACAAAAGUAUUUCAAUUGAGAAAAAUGUUACUUUCAAUCCCUUAUCCAACAGCCAUGAAGAUAGUGCUUUAUUAGAAUCAAUUUCUGAAGAAGGAACAAAACCCGUUAGCUCUCAAUAUCAACUUAGUGACGUUGAUAUACAGGAAAGAUUUACAGCACUUCUAAGUAAUUUCAGAACUGAUUCCACCCAAAAUAAUGAAGUAACGGAUCGAGAAACGAAGUCAUGUAACACACAAUAUCAACUUAAAGAUGUUGAUAUACAGGACAGGUAUACAACACUCGUUAACGAUAUUGGAGUAAAUUUGGCACAAAAGAAGAAUGAGAGAAUUUCGGAUAACAAUUUAAAUGCAAGUUCUCUCAUAAAAAAUGAUCAAGAUAUGGAAAAAAUGAGCCUACAAGACAAAUUAGACCCGUUAUCUUUUUCAAAUCUGUCUGAAGACAUCAAAGAAAAGUGGGUGACCUGUAAAACAGCUGAAAUUUCAAUUGCUCCUGAACAACUGUUAUGUAACAGUCAUGAACUUUUCCUCUUAGAAAAAAAUACAUGUGAUUCAACUGGUACAUCUUCAAUAGAUGUUCUACCCUGCAAUGAAUCGGACAUAGAUUCCCUAGGUAAAAGUAAUGCAAAUGUAUUACUAGUGAAAGAUGGUUCGAACAUAGUGCAACCUCUUUGGGAUAAUUCUUUACCUGUACGUCUUGUUUGUGACUUAGAUAAUUUUGAUACAGAUCUACAUAAGAACCAACAUUCUAAUUCUUUUAAUGACUGGGAAAAAGAAAAUUCUGCAUGGGAUCCUGAAUGUAAUAAAACCACCAACUCGGAAGUUCCGCAUCCAAAGCCUGCCCGUAAUCUUUCCAGACCUAGAUGUCUCACAAGUACAGUACCAGCUCUGCAGCCUCUAAACAAUGAAUCAGUCUUUAGUUUGGAAUCUUGGGAUACUGUCUCUAAUCCAAGUGAAAACUGGAAUAACAUAGAGAGCGUAUUCAAAACCAGUGCACCCAGAAAUGAAAUGGCUAUUCUUCCUCAACGGUCCAGAAUGAAUAACACGCAAUCUGUGGAUUCAUCAACAAACACUAGUUACUUAGAUGUAAUGUGUGAUGCAGAAGAAAUUCCAAAUGGGUUGAAGAUUCUAAAAUGUAAUCCAAGAGAUAUAGUAACAGACAAAUGUAAUGAAGUCAAAUCAUUGGUUACAGAAACGCUAUGUCUAGAUAAAAGUACAAUGACUCAUGAAAAUUCAUCAGAUAGUGUAAAAAGCUUUGAUAUAAACCAAAUUGCAAGUUUAGUUCCAAAUAUACCAGAAAAAUACAUCCUUGAUAUGGUAGAGAAAUGCCAAGGAGAUAUAGACUGGGCCGUAGAUCUUCUUUUAGAUUCUGAACACAGCUUCUAUCCUUUUAGUGAAGAGGCUAAGAGCAGUUUGGUUCAUAAUGAGGAAAAUGUUGUAACUAGAGAAUCCCCAGCUAUCCAAACUGAGAUUUAUAAAUGUGUUCAAGGAAAAUCAAGUCCAAAGCGUGAAUGUAGAUUUUCUAAUACUCAAGAGCAUGCCGAAUUAAAGAGAACAAUCGAGAAUUCAGUUGUAAUUGGGAAAGAACAUUACUCAGACAAAAUUUUGAAAGUGAUUAAGAAAAAACAUCCAGAAUAUGUGAGCUUGAUAGAAAAUGACAAAGCUAAACAAAAAAAUAUAGUUGAACCUGUGCAAAAUAAUGAUUUAUGUUUAAAUCAGAAAGAAAUGAAUACUACCUCUGAAGAUAAUAAUGAUGAUACAGAAAGCACUAGUAGUAGUUGCAGUAAGUCUAGUAGUGGCAGUGAAAAUGAAGACAAUACUGUUGAGCUUAUUCUCAACGAUGAUCUCAUUCUUCAACUACAGCAAAAGUUUGGAAACCCCAAUUUGCCAGGAGUAAUGAAUUCGUCCCCAGUUGUGAAACUGCCUUUGUCUCUUGCUCGCCAACUGUAUGGCUACGUCAUGGAUUCUAUACAAACUGACAUAGAUGAACAACAAAAUGAUAUUGAAAGGAUAAUUGCUCAAGAUGAAGAAGUUGCUAAACUUCUGCAACACCAGGAGGAAAACUCACUAAGAAUACCUCAUUUACAAGAGAUAAUGGAUAUGGAAGUUGCUCUGGCAGUUCACAAAGCAGAUCAGGAGGAAUGGAAAGAAAAAAGUCGUGAUACCGUUGCAGCAAGAUUGUCUAAAAAUAUUUUGUUGGAAAAAUUUCCUCAUGUGGACCCCAAAAUGUUAACAGACUUGUUACACAUUCACAACUUCUCGUUGCAUGACACGUUAGCCUCUCUCCACCUGGCUUUGGGAGUGAAAGAGGGGACGAGGGAGUCAACUUCUCCCACCAGACUUGGCCAGACUCAGGAGGUAAGAACCACUUCUGUACUGGUGUCUGGAGAGGGAAAGGACGACGCUGAUACGGAGGAUGUGCUCUCAGAGGCUCAGACUCACAGGGACAAGGCUGCCUGCUACUACUCAUUGCGUAUGGAGUGCCUCAACAAAGCACAUGAAGCCUUUCGCUCUGGCAACAAACCCGUUGCUUCCUACUACUCACAACUGGCAGAGGUGCACAAGAACAAGGUGGAGCAGUGUAACUUGCGUGCAGCGGCAUGUCUGCUGGCCAACCACAAGAGUGGGACCGACACGCUGGAUCUGCACUUCCUACACGUUACAGAGGCAGAGGUCGUGCUAGACAUGUUUCUGGAUGAGGCCAUCUCGCGGCUGGGUGAGCAAGGUCGGACCCACCAGCGUUUGUUCCUCAUCACGGGCAGGGGUCUCCGCAGCCAAGGUGGCAUCUCUCGCAUCAAGCCCAUGGUACAGCGCAAAUUGGGAGCCAGGAGCAUUGUUUUCAGUGAAAUCAAUCCGGGGAUGUUGAGUGCUUUAGUCCGGACAUCCACCCCUCUCAGUCACUCCUCAUAGUCACUACGUAUGACUCACUACUUCUUAUCCAGAAAUAUCUCUGGAGUUAUCAAUCUGACCACACAGUACAGAUGCAGGUCUGUCAUAGUACCUUACGCCACAACAUUUCUUCUCCCAAGAGAUCAACUUCAACUACAGCAUACUGGGAGACAUGAACAUCUCUGAAACGCCAAGAUGUAUGUAGCUGCUCGAAUGAAAAAUGAAAAUCAGCCAUGAGUUAUCUAUCAUAGGCCUUCAAUAACAGAAGCUUACCAAUAAAUUAAUGGAAGCUGUAAUCAACGUUAUAUAUUUUAUCUUAUUAUUUAGUGAUCUAACAGCAUAUAAUAACUGUUUAUUUCUAUUCUAUUUAGUUUUUAAAAGAAAGUUAUUUAAUAAUAUUUUUGCUUAUCAAUGUUUUAUAAAAAUCUGAUUUUAUACUAAUAACCAGGUAAUGAAAAGAGCAGUAAAGUUCUCUCCUCUCCCAUAAUUUAAUUUAGUAACUAUUUUAAAAUAUUUAUUUUAGCACAUAAAUCUUUCAUAAUAAAAAGUGAUAUACAGUUUUUAUACGUGUUACUUUCACUGCCGUUCACACUGCUUGUAAUUCAUUUGUAAAAUUUUUUUCUAUUUGUUUUGUUUUGAAACCUUUUUUGCAUUGCCCUUUUACAAUUUUUUGCUAAGGUUAUUUUUUAGUAUGCCUAACAAUUAUUAUAGUCUAGGUUUUACUACACUUAAUGAUUAUAUAAACAACAAUCCGAUGACAUAUUUUGCUGUCCCUGAUUUCCAAUUCUGCAAUAAAACAGAUCAGAUAGAUAUUUUAACAGAUAGCGAAAAAAUCUAAUGUGUCAAGGCAAACUCUACUAUAGCGUUUGAAAUAUAAUUGAUCUGAACCGGUAAUGCUUUUUCACGUGCUAUACCUGAAAAAGGGGGCAGUAGCAAUUUCAUUUAACUUUAGACCCUCUUAACCAUGAACACUAUAAUAAUAAUACACUUUUUUACAUUAAUCGUGUCUACCUACUUGUUUAUAUUAUGAAAGCAAUAACAUGUGAAGUAGGCUUUCUUGGGCAAUUAUCUACUGCACAUCAUCGAGGCUAGAUACUUUGUUAUCUAGCACUCAGAGGAUUAGCAUCGUCUAUUGUAGGUAUUCAGAUAUGGUUGCAUAACCUUGGAAUAUCAGGUGUGAAUCAUACAGAUCUUGAAGAUGUAUCUAUAGACUCCACACUUUGUCACCUAGCGCUCAAAGGGUUAGCAUUGUGUACUGGAGGUAUUCAGGAUAUUGUUACUUAACUCUUGGAGUACCAGGUGGCAAUCAUACAGGUCUUGAAGAUGUAUCUAUAGACUCCACACUUUGUCACCUAGCGCUCAAAGGGUUAGCAUUGUGUACUGGAAGUAUUCAAGAUAUUGUUACUUAACCCUUGGAGUACCAGGUGGCAAUCAUACAGGUCUUGAAGAUGUAUCUAUAGACUCUACACUUUGUCACCUAGCACUCAAAGGGUUAGCAUUGUGUACUGUAGGUAUUUAGGAUAUUGUUACUUAACCCUUGGAGUACCAGGUGGCAAUCAUAAAGUGAUUUACAUUACAUUAAUAAUCUUGUUUGUAAAGGACAGAAUAUAGUGCCCAUUCCCAAAGUUAUUACAUAGCCUAGCUGUAUCACAAAACAAUAUAUUUUAUUCGUGGUGUUUGUCUGGGACAAAUUAUAGUGUGCUCAUUCUCAGAGUGAUUUACAUUGCCUAGUUGUAUAAAAAAAUAUACAGUGAACCAUGCUGUUAAUCAGAGAUUAUUUAGUGUGUUGUUACUGUGUUAUCGAUCAAUUAAAAAUAAUUACUUGUUUUAUGAACUAAAAGAAUAAUAAUAUUAUUUUGAUGACUAUGAUCAGUUGGUUGAAUGUUGAUCAUUUACAUUUGCUUGUUAAUUUUGUUCAUAUCAUGAUGUAUAUUAAUUAUAAAAAAAUGUGUUUAUUUUGCAUAUUUAUCCCCCAGUUGGUAAUAAGUGCAGUAGGAAAGUGGCAUUUCAAAUUUAUUUUCUUUACAAACUUCAACUUCAGUUAGUUGGAAGUUAAUUCAUUUAUUGUAAACUGCACUAAAAGGGUGAUUUUUUUUACUAGAUUUACAUGUUGCUAAAAUGUUAAUAUUUACCUGUUGCGAAAAUGUUAAUAUUUACCUGUUGCAAAAUGUUAAUAUUACCUGUUUUUAUAAAGUGCUUAAAAGAAGAAUUGUUAUUAUAUAUUUUAUUGACAAUAGAUCAUUGUUAUUUAGAUAAACAAGUCUAAAAUUAGAUUAAUUUUUUAAUAAAUAAUAAUGUUAUGUAAUUAUAUUAUUGUUGCACAUCAUAUACCCAUCAUUGUUGACCAAAGUGUAACAAUUAUUCUUUGUAACUGAAUUUUAUGAUUGUGAAAGAAUUAUAAGUUGAUCUAAAGUAGAGUUACAAAAUUUUGUUUCCGGAAAAAUAAAUACUUUUGAGCUAGAUAA